AUGUCAAUUUCGAAUUCUAGUGCGGUCGAUAUGGCUUCCAGCGAGGGAAAGCGAACUCAGAACCCAUGGCUAGGCGUUUUUGGAGCUGCACUUUUCUUGAUAUCUACCCACGGAUUCAUUCAGUCCAUUGGAGUGGUGCAGUCCUAUUUGGAACUUAACCAGCUACAAAACUACCAAACAAGCGACAUUGGUUGGAUUAUCGGACUCUACUCAAUGCUUAGCUUGGUGCUCGGCAUUAUAGCCGGGCCACUGGUCGACUACUUUGGUGUUAGGCCACUGGCGGCCCCGGCGCUGGUUCUUUCGACGCUCCUGUAUUUCGUCAUGGCAGAGUGCACCACCUAUUGGCAUUUCAUGCUGUGUCUCGGCCUUCUCGGCGGUGUUGGCGGAGCCAUAACCAGCACUCUGGCCAUCUCAGCAGCAGGCAAGCUCUUUGUAGAACGGCGAGGAACAGCUAUUGGGUUCGCCUUGGCAGGAGCAUCGGUGGGAGGCGUUGCUAUUCCACUGUUGCUCAACGCCACGUUUCCUCGCUUCGGCUGGGCCUGGUCGAUGCGUAUAUUGGGAUUCAUUAUGCUGGCGUUAAACUUGGUUGGGUCACUCUGCCUCGUUCUCGUUUCGGACCAGAUCCCCCUGAAUACGGACUUGGGAAUCCGCUCAGCGGCGCCUAGCCUGGAAGCCUUUAGAUCUGGAACAUUUUGCUUUACCACCGUGGGUUUCGCAUUGAUCGAGCUUGCCAUGUUCGGCAUCAACGGCCUUCUCCCUACAUUUGCGGUGUCUGUCGGGUUCUCAUUGCAAGCCGCGUAUGUUUUGCUUUCCGUGCUGGCGGGAAGCUCCUUCUUCGGUCGCAUAGUUGCCGGCGUGGCAGCAGACUACAUUGGAAGUUUUAACGCCUUGGUUAUCAUGAGCACGUUCUCGGCUGUUGUGACGGGUGCUCUGUAUGUCCCCUUUGGAGAUACCUCCCCCAAGGCCUUGUUUGCGUUUGCAAGUCUCUGGGGAUUCGGCUCCGGAUCCUGUCUCUCCCUUGUGCCAGGCACAAUGGUAUCAGUGACAUCCAUUUCUGCCCUCAUUUCCAUCCCUGCGGGAGGAGAGAUGUUGGACCGUUUUGGACCCCGAGCAACCGCGGGAUUCUUUCUUGCCACGGCGAUUGGCUCGAGUAUCUGUUUCACCUUCGCAAGAUGGCGCCUUGGGGGCAAGUUUUUGAACCUCACUCAGGCGAUCUAG